AUGCCUUCCAGACAAGAGGUCGCCUACUUUGGAGCUGGUCCUGCUCCCCUGCCCACCUCUGUCGUGGAGGCGGGCGCAAAGGCCUUCGUCAACUACAAUGACUGCGGUCUCGGACUCGGAGAAAUCUCGCAUCGCUCCCCUACCGCAAACAAGAUCCUGGAAGAUACCAAGGCGAGCCUGACAACGCUCCUGGAUAUUCCCGAUGACUACGAGAUCCUCUUUAUGCAGGGUGGUGGAAGUGGACAGUUCAGCUCGGUGGUUCAGAAUCUUGUGGGAGUCUGGGUAGAGCGCAGACGACAGAGAGCAGAGGCGGAGAUUUCGGCCAGCGAAAACAAGGACGAACUGGUCGUUGAGAGAUUACAAAGGGAGGUGCAGGAGGAAUUGAAGCUGGAUUACAUCGUCACGGGUUCCUGGUCGUUGAAGGCAGCGCAGGAGGCUACUCGUCUGGUGGGUGCCAAGCAUGUGAACAUUGCGCUGGAUGCCAGAACCGCGAACAAUGGCAAGUUUGGCAUGAUCCCUGCAGAGGAGACCUGGGCUCUCUCGCCCAGCAAGAACUCGGCGUUUGUUUACUUCUGCGAUAAUGAGACGGUGGACGGUGUGGAGUUCCCCAGCUUCCCCAAGAUCCUGGAGUCGGACGACCGACUUGUCGUUGCAGACAUGAGCUCCAACUUCCUCAGCCGGAAAGUUGAUGUCAGCAAGUAUUCUGUGAUCUUCGGUGGUGCCCAAAAGAACAUUGGUAUCGCUGGUAUUUCCAUCGUCAUUAUCAAAAAGUCGCUCUUGCCUCCCCAGACCCCUACACCGGCACCGGCUCUUCUUCAUCGGUUGAACCUUGGCGGGUUACCGGGAACCGUUGUACUCGACUACGCGACCAUCGCGAAGAAUAACUCCCUGUACAACACACUCCCCAUCUUCAACCUGUGGAUUGCCGGCCAGGUCAUGGCCGAACUCGUCCAGACAUACGGUGUCCAGAAGAUCAGCGGUCAGGAGCAGAUCUCCAACCGCAAGGCGGAGAUCCUCUACAGUGUUUUGGACAAGUACCCCCAGGUUUACCACGUUGUUCCGGACAAGAGUGUCCGGAGCCGUAUGAACAUUUGUUUCCGCGUCUACGGCGGCGAUGCCGAAAAGGAGAAGGAGUUCCUGGCUGGAGCUGAGGAGCGCCUGCUCCAGGGCUUGAAGGGACACCGCAGUGUUGGCGGUAUCCGGGCCAGCAACUAUAAUGCAGUUCCCUUGGAGAACGUUGAGAAGCUGGCCAAGUACCUCGAAGACUAUGCCACCGCGGCUUAA